AUGUUUACCAACUCAGUCUCUGGCGCGAGAGAACCUGUGUCGCCCUCUCAGGCGCGCAACGCCGAAUCGGCGCUCGACAUUGAUCAUGGCCAGGCGACCGCUGAUGACCUCCCGCAACCGACAAUUCGUGGGGCUACGAUAGCUCCCAUCCAAAACCCAAGGUCCCUGAUCACAGACGCUCUGAAGGUCCUUGACUCUCAAGCACAGGACAUGCAGGUCACGAUGGCGAUACACAAAAGUGCCGCGGACCAUUCGUGCUCGGCUGAGUGGUCGCGGUUUGACGAUCUGGUUGACGGCCUUCGCGAGCGCGUGGACUUGGCAAAGAGGCGGAGCCUAGGUUUGAUGGGCCAGCGCGCUGUUACAGCCAUCAUCUCUGACGAUGUGGCUCAUGAGACUGUUGCGGGCGAAGCCGCUGCGGUAGUUGGACCUACGCCGAAUGAUGAUCAGCCGACGGAGAUCCCUGGCGGAUCCCUUGUGGAUGGAGAGGGGCCUGGCCUUGCGCACCAGAACACGGACAAUGCGGAGCAUUGGAAGGAACGGGCGAAGGCGUCCGGUCCGUCGCAUGCUGAGCGCGGACUCCGCUUCCAGUUCGGUGGGAGCUUCAACUUCAGCUUCUAG